GCAGCAGGCGCAAGACAGAGGGCGAGAAAGACGAGGAAGAGUCGCUGAGGGGACCGGAGCACGGCGAGCGCCCAGAACCUUGGGAGCGGAAGCCUCAGGAACUUGCCAAGCAUGUUUGAGGAACAGGCCACCAAGGUGAAGAUCACAUCGGCGGUGAUCGUGGUAGGCAUGUCGGCUAUGUUAGCAGCCGUGGCAAGCGACCACUGGGCCGUCCUCAGCCCUCGGGUGGAUAAGCUCAAUGUCAGCUGCCAGGCCGCCCACUUCGGCCUGUGGAGGCUAUGCAAGAAAAGCAUCUUCAUGGUGGAGGAGGACCCGCAGGGCAAAGGCUGUGGACCCAUUGGUUUACCUGGAGCCAAGAACUGCUCCUACUUCAAACACUUCACGUCAGGAGAAGAAGCCGAAGUUUUUGAAGUCAAGACACAGAAGGAGUACAACAUUUCGGCGGCGGCCAUCGCCGUUUUCAGCUUGUUCUUCAUGAUCCUGGGCACGCUGUGCGUCAUCUUCUCCUUCGGGAAGGCCCGCGACUACCUGCUCCGGCCCGCCGGGAUGUUCUUCGCCUUUGCAGGCCUGUGCAUCAUCAUCUCGGUGGAAGUCAUGCGUCAGUCGGUGAAGAGGAUGAUCGACAGCGACGAAACCAUUUGGAUCGAGUACUACUAUUCGUGGUCGUUUACGUGCGCCUGCGCCUCCUUCACACUUCUUAUCCUCAGCGGGGCGGCGCUCCUUCUCAUCUCCAUGCCGCACAUGCCCAGAAACCCCUGGGAAACCUGCAUGGACGCCGAGCCUGACGUCCUGGAUUAGCUGGUGGGAAAUUUCUCCCAAAAUUGGACUAGAAUAGAGUUAAAUUUUAUUUGAGCUUAAAUGGUGCGGCAACACAUGUAGACAGAUAGUAUAGCAAUACUCACAGGCUUGUAUUCUUAAUCCUCUGCCCCACCAAAAAAUACAUCAUCAAUAUCGAGUCACUUAU